CAUCUAAUUCCUACUACAUGACUUGACCUGCUGGUCAAUCAUAUUUAUCGAUCCUUUACAUUUUCAAUUUUUUUUCCCCAGUGAAACAUAUUCUCGAUCUUUGCACGACAAUUUCCUCGCAAAUUUUUUUGCAGAGAAGACGUCAAGCAAGAGGGUAGUAUAUAUAACACACCUUGUUCAUUGUGGAUCAAUAACGAUCGGGCGGAACUAAGCCCGCCCCUGAACCUGAACAAAAGCCUAUCGUCGUACAAAGUCGUAAUACAUAUUAUCCGAGUGUGACGUGUCCAAUGGACGAUGACCUGUCGAAGAAACCUCAGCGGGAGCAGGACGGCGACAACGCGCUGCUCCCGUGCGUCAUCGCGGGCUUCCUCGUCGCCGGCCACGUCGCCGCGUGCACCUACCGCGCGGCGGCGGAACCGCGUGACCUCGCCUUCGUCGCCGCCGCGUACACCAUGCUCGCGCUGCUCCUCUACUGCGUCGGCAGGUUCGAGGCGCUCGCCGCCGACGGCUCCUCUCCGGCCGCCGCCGUGGCGAGGGAGCGGCUGAGGCUGCCCGUCUGGGCGCUCUCGACGGCGCUGACCGUCCUCUUCUCGUCGCGCGUCGCGCCGAUGAUGCCGCCGCCGCUGAACGCGCUCGUCGUGGCCAUGUCGGUGGUCGUCACCGUCGGUGGCUUCUGCUUGCUGUUCCUCGGCAAUGCAGGGGAAGACGACGACGACGAGGACGAGGCAGCUUCUGAUCAGGAUGAGGAAGUCUGAUUCAACCACAUUUUCGAACUGUCCUUUGUAAUUACAGGAAGAAACGAUCGAAUAAUCAAUAUCAACGUUUGACAACCGUGUGUGUAUAAGAAUCUGAACAACUAAUUAAGUUCGCGUUGCAGUAGCUGUUUGCUAGUAGUUUCUAUGUGUAAAUUUUUUUCUAGUUUAGGCGUGCAAGCACUUUGGUUACUGCGGUAGAAAGUUAUUUACAUAUGUAUAAAGGCUGUUUUCCCCCUCUGAAAUCAAACGAAAUUUUAUGGUA